AUGCCGCGGCUGGAAGCACACCCUAUUCUGCAUCAUGCAGCGAGUUCUCCGGAUGAUCAGGACGCGUUACUUGCUUUGCCUCCUCCGCCUUCGUACGACGUCGUCGUUACCGACCUCUCCAUUGCCGUCCCUCCAUUCCGUGCAUACAUCCCCACGCCCAUCCCGAUUCCCAUCCCUCAGGCUGUCACCGACACUGUCCGCAGAUGGAACUCGAAGGAUAGAGAAGAGUCUAACACGAAUGUCAACGCUGGCGACGGGCUCAUCAUCCGCAAUGUUAACGCCGUCGUCCAUCACGGAGAGGUCAUGGCCAUCAUCGGAGGGUCUGGGUCAGGGAAAACAACGCUGCUGCACGCUAUGGCUGCCCGACUCGGGAAUCUACCCAUCGCUGAGGGCCAUGUUUCGAUCACUCCGUCUCACAGCGGGGGACAAGAUGGUGCGCACCCUAAGGGCGGCGAGGGUCACUUCAAAGGCAUGAGCAAGGUUGUCGGUUUCGUGAAACAGCACGACUACCUCCUGCCUCAUCUUACAGUCAGAGAGACAUUGACGUAUGCCGCAAAGUUGCGGUUGCCUUCUUCCGUCGACAGCGAAACAAGACGCCUGAUCGUCGAACAGACGAUUCAAGAGCUCGGUCUUGCAGACGCCGCGAACACGAUAGUAGGCGGCGCAGGCAGGAAGGGGAUCUCCGGUGGGGAAAAGCGUCGGCUGUCUAUUGGCUGCGUCCUUGUUAGUUUUCCAUCCUUGCUUAUUCUCGAUGAAGUUACGACCGGUCUCGAUUCGUUCACCGCGUUCCAGCUCCUUGAGACCCUUGAUCGCCUGGCGAAACGCGGGCGUACAAUCAUUCUGUCGCUACACCAGCCGCGAUCCGACGCCUUCACGCUAUUUUCCCGUAUUCUUCUUAUGUCGCAUGGAUCAGUCGUCUACUCUGGUCGCACAGCAAACUGUCUACCCUAUUUCUCUCAGCUCGGUUUCCAACCCCCGGAACGGACCAAUCCGCUCGAUUUCCUGAUUGACAUCUCCAGCAUUGACACACGGGACGAAGGCAAUGAGCGCGAGAGCAGAGAGCGCGUCGAUCGGCUUGUCCAGUGCUGGAGAGAAAAGGAGGCCAUGGAUGCCGAGAAGGACGUGCGAGACGGCCCUCCGUUCCCUGGAACUUCUCCUUUGACACCAGACCCAGAAAAGCAGGCUGUCCAGGUGUCCCCAACGACAACGACCAGCAAGCGUCCCAACGUCCUCCAACAAACUGUUAUCCUCGUUCCCCGCGCAUUUCGUAACAUGACCCGCGGCUAUCCGGAACUUGUCGGCCACUUUCUGCAGGCCGUCAUCCUGGGCUUGCUCGUGGGCAUCACUUACUUCCAGCUUGGCGACCAGCCGAAUGACAUUCAGAGCUUGAAGACCCUCGCAUUUCAGGUGGUGCCGGUAUACGGUUAUAUGACUCAGAUCGUUUGGACGUUCAAAUGGUGCACAUCGCUCGUCGUCUUCGACCGGGAACGAGAAGACAGCUUGUAUUCGCCUGUGGCGUGGAUUCUGUCUGAAUUCAUUGCGUGGCUGCCUAUGAACGUCAUUGCCCCCUCUAUAUUCUCAAUCUUGGUUUACUUCAUCUCCAACAUGCGUCGAGAUGACCUACAUUACAACUUCGGCGUAUUCAUCAUUGACAUGGUCUUGGCUCAAUUUUGCCUCGUCGCAUGGUCGCUUUUUGCGGCUAAUAUUGAGCGUAGCUUCGCACGGGCUUCACUCCUCGGGAACGCUUUUUCUAUCUUCUUCAUCCUUUCCCCAGGCUUCUUUGUUGUCAACGUCCCAGGCUGGAUUCGCUGGUUCCGCUGGAUCUCCCCUCACUUCUUCUCCUUCCGCAUCGUCGUCAUCUCCCAGUUCCGCAACCGCACAUUCUCCUGCCAAGGUGUCACCGCCCCCGCACUCGCACAGUGCUCGGGCAACAACGUGCUCCGUGGCCUGCGCAUCUCACCCACGGAGCCACUGUGGCCGAUGUUCCUCGGCAACCUGGGAUUCCUGCUCGUCAUCACAGCCUUCUCGUGGUUUUUGCUUACGGUGUGGAAGCCCGGCGGUGCGCGGCACGCGCAGCGCGUUGCGAGCGACGUCAAGGGCAAAGAGGUCAGCGAGGCGGAGAUCGACAUCGUGCGGGCGCGCGUCGACGUCACCGCCGAGCACGUCGGACUCUUCCAUGUCCGCCGGACACUUCCGUCGUUCAAGCGCAUCGAGACGCCGAUCCUGACAGAUGUUAGUGCGCGGUUUCCGAGCGGUGAGGUAUCGGUGAUCAUGGGACCCAGUGGGUCGGGGAAGAGUACGUUCCUGCGGAUGUGUGCUGGGCGGCCGACAAAAGGUGGGCUGGUCAGCUCGUUUGAGGGGCAUGGAGAGAUCAAGCUCAAUGGUGUACCUGUAUCGAGUCGCACAAGGCAUAUAUGUGCCUUCGUCGAGCAAGACGACGACUAUCACCUGCCAGCAUUGACCGUACGGGAGACGCUCCGGUUUGCGGCUAUCAUCAAGUUGCACAGCACAGUCAGUCGCAAGCACAAGAUCGCUCGUGCGGAAGAAGUUCUGAGGAUGCUCGGUCUUCGGGACUGCGCUGAUGGAAUGGUCGGCGGCGAAUUACUGAAGGGGAUAUCGGGUGGAGAGAAGCGCAGGCUAUCGUUAGCGUGUCAAAUGAUCAAUGACCCCGCAGUGCUCAUUCUUGACGAACCUACCAGCGGUCUGGAUGCCAGCACAGCACGAAACGUGAUGGAGGCUCUUCAAGAUAUUGCCCGCAGCGGGCGGACUGUGAUAGCAUCCCUGCACCAGCCCCGCAGCGACAUCUAUAACAUGGUCGAUAACUUCGUAGUUCUAGCCAAGCAAGGAAAUGUUGUCUAUCAAGGUCCUCGAGAGCAACUACUUCCCCAUUUUGCGUUAGCAGGCUAUGUCUGCCCUCCGUCCUACAAUCCGUCGGACUACUGUAUGGAUCUAAUAUCGAUCGACGUGCGUGGACAGGCUGGGCAAGAACAAACCUCGGCUCGUGUCAAAUUUUUGAUCGAGUCCUGGAAGACCCGACAAGACAAAAUGCUCGAGUACAUAGCUAGCAAAUCCGUCGCCGCUAAAGAAGCAGUCGCCGAUACACCUGUAGAGCUAGAAGAUCGUCCAGAGUACACGCCCAUAUGGAUCGCCCUUCCUGUCGUCCUCGAUCGAACAUUUCGCAACAGCUGGAGACAGCCUGAUAUCUUCUGGACCAGAUGGACCCAGGCCCCGAUCCUAGCUAUCUGUUUCUUCUUAUUCUUCCUGCGACUGUCCAACGGUCCAACGGGUGCUCAAGAUCGCAUCGGUCUGGUUGCGGAAACUACCACUGCUCUUGCUUAUGUUGGCUUCCUGAACUUGGCCACGCUCUACCCGAUGGAGAAGACCGUCUUCUUCCACGACUACAAAUCGGCUGGUGGGCGGUAUUCGAGCGCCACAUUUAUCACGGCAUUCACCAUCUUCGCUAUCGUCCCCGAGUUCAUCUCCGCCCUACUCUUUUCCGUCAUCAUGAACGUCGCUACGGGUAUGCAGAGCAACGCACGGAUCUACUUCGAAUUUACUGUUUCUGUCUGGAUACAGCUCAGCUUCGGCGAGAGUGUCGGCAUCGCCUUCGCGUCGUUCUUCGACACCAUGGGCCUUUCCGUGUCCCUCGUCUCCGUCUUCCUCGCUGUCGUCUCGCAGGCUGGUAGUGUCCUUUCUGCGUCGAUUGCCCUGUUUCUUCAGGAUAUUGCGUGGAUUUUCCCGAUGAAGUACGGAGCGCGAACGCAGCUCAUCAACGAGAUGCAGGGAAAGGUGUUCAACUGUCCGCCAGAUACCAUUACGAACGGCGAGUGUACUGCCGCGACUGGACAGCAAGUGCUGGACUUGUUCGGAUUUCAUGAUACCACCUGGCAUCUUGUCCUUAUAUCGAUCGCAGUCACUAUAGGAUACCGCAUUGCCGCCUGGGCUAUUCUAUCUGUGAGGUGA